AUGUCUAUCCGAACCCACCUGACCUUGGACGACUUUGCGAAGUCCGAUGCGUACUUCAACAGUAUGUUGAAUCCGCAGGACCCAGCGCUUGAAGCUGCCUUGCAGAACAGCCGAGCGAAUGGUCUUCCCGAGAUUGCGGUCAGCAUUACGCAGGGCAAGUUCCUGAAGAUUACCGCGCAAUCCAUUAAAGCGAAGAGGAUCCUUGAAGUCGGAACUCUUGCCGGAUACUCGUCCAUCUGGUUUGCAAGAGCGUUGCCGGAUGACGGAAAGCUUAUUACGCUAGAGCUAUACGAUGAGUAUGCCAAGGUUGCCAGGGAGAACCUCGAUCAUGCAGGCUUGUCAUCCAAGGUCGACGUGAAGAUCGGACCAGCUCUCGAUACACUCAAGACCCUCACGCCUGAUGAACCCUUCGAUCUCGUUUUCAUCGAUGCGGAUUGGACAAAUAUGCCAAACUACUUCAAAGAGGCAAAGAGGUUGACGAGAAAGGGUGCCAUAAUUAUCUGUGAUAACGUCAACCGCAAUGGACAGACUGCAUUGCAGCCCGAGAAUAACAGUACCUAUACUGGGCAAUUGCCUCACCACUUCUCGCCAACUGACGAAGGCGUUAAGGCGAUCAGAAGUCUUGUAGAGCAGUUGAAGGACGAUAAAGAAGUCGAGGCGACAGUGCUUGGGCUGGCUCAAGCUAAAUCAUUCGACGGGAUGUUGUACGCUAUCAAGCUGUGA